GAACAUCCUGUGGUUCACCAGUGUGUGUUUAAGAUCUCUGUUGCCAUGGAGACAGCGGUUAUUGAAGAAAUACCUGCUGUUGUUGCCGUGGCGACCGGCGCGGACACCGUGACCUCAGAACAGGCCAGUUCUACCAAAGAGUUACGGAAGACGCCCAGGCCCCGCCCCGGCCGACAGAGAGGGAGGCGGAGCCAAAGAGGGAAGAGACGAGGCCCUGCUGACAAGAGGCGGGGCUCUGGGGAGAAGAGGCGUGGUCAGAAGGAUAAGAGGCGGGGCCUGGAGGAGCAGAAAGAGGGCGUGGCUGUCAAACGGAUCUGGAACGAAGGAAAGCGCCGCUGGGACAAAAAACACUACUGCGUGUUCUGUCGACGCCCACAGGUGAAGAUCGCACGACACUUGCUGAAGAAACACGCCGACCAACAGGAAGUGUUGGCUGCCAGCGAAUUACCGCCGGGAUCCAAACAGCGCCACCUUCUGCUGGAGCAGCUGCGAUGCAGAGGAAACUACCUGCACAACAUAGAGGUGAUCCGUCAGGGUUCAGGUGAGAUCAUCCCGUGGCGUCGUCCUUCAGAGGACGUCGAUGCCAGGAACUACCUGCCCUGUCCUCUGUGUCUGGGCUUCUUCCUUCGGGCAGAUCUGUGGAAACAUCAGGCGUCCUGUGUGAAGAAGAUGAACACUAACACCUGCAAAAGCAACAUGACCUCUGACCCCGCCCACUGCGCCGCCCCCCAGUCCGCCGCUGAGUCUGCAGGUGAGCCGGCCCACGACCACGGGACCGCCCGACGGUCUGAUCCUUCAGAAGCGGACCGGACUGUGACCUCUGACCUGGGGACCAAAGAUUACAUGACCUCUGACCUGGGGACCAAAGGUCACAUGACCUCUGACCUGGAGGCGGAGCGGCCCCGGAAGCGCUUCAGGGUUCAGGCGGCCGCUUCUCGACUUCUGCCCAUUUCAAGUGGAGCCUCAGAGAGUUGUAGUGAAGUCCUGCACCGGAUGAACCAGGACCUGGUCUCACAUCAGGUCAAAUCUGAUUGGUUGAUCUGUAAAUAUGGGAACACUCUGAUUGGAAGUCAGGACGGCAGUCAGAGGAGGUACGAUUACGUCAGUCAGAAGCUCAGGGAACUGGGCCGCUUCCUCCUGGCCGCUAAGUCUCUGGACUCGGGUAUCCGGACUCUGCAGGACCUGCUGGUUCCGGGCCGCCUCAGCCUGGCGCUGUCCGCUGCCAGAAAGGCUUGUGGGUACCGCUGGAGCCGCCCGCCGCUGGCCGUCAAGACCACGCUGAAGACCGUCUGCGAGAUCGCCAUUGGAGAGAGUCUGCAGGACGGCAAGUGGGAGGCGGCCGCCAAGACCACCGACUUCUACCACAGCCUGGGGAGGGACUGGGACAACCUGGAGCUGCCCAGCCCCACCCCAGACCACCUGGACCUGCCCAGCCCCACCCCAGACCACGAUGGCCCAGUGGGAGGAGCUAAACCAAAGAAACGAUCAGUCCAAUCCAGAAAUCAGAAGAUGAAUAACGAAUGUCAACCAGCUGCAUGUGGUUCCAGACCAGGAGGUCUGUCCCAGUCCAGUACCAGACCAGUGUUCUCCAUCAUGUCCCCAGCUGGACUUCCCGCCCCCAUCACAGUUCCUGUGGUUCCCAGGAGGAUCCGUCGUCGUCCCUGGUCCUCUGCAGAGAAGGAGGCGGUCUGGCGUCAGCUGGGGGUCCACGUUCUGUUCCAGUCGGUUCCUGGGAAGGAGGUGUGUCAGCGUUGUCUGGACCAGGAGCCGGUUCUAAGAGGACGGCACUGGAAGGACAUCAAGAACCAGGUCUACAACCAGAUCCAGAGCCAGAAGAAGCAGCAGUUCCAUGCACAGGUGGACUCUGAGGAGAACCAGGUCUACAACCAGAUCCAGAACCAGAAGAAGCAGCAGUACCAGGCCCAGAUGGACUCUGAGGAGAACCCAGAACCACCAGACCAGAUCCAAACUAAGAAGAAACAGCAGUACCAGGCCCAGGCCCAGAUGGACCACCAGGACCAGUACCAGGCCAAGAUGGACCACCAGGAAAAGAACCCCAUCCAGAACCUGAAGAAACCACAGUACCAACCCCAGCUGGACCACCAUGACCACAUUCAGGUCCACAAGAAGCAGAUGUACCCCAUGGACCACCAGGUUCCCCUGGACCGAGACACUUCCAUCCUGACAGGCUCCACAUAUGGUCCUGAAGGUCCACAUCAGGUCCCUGAACAGUCCCUGCUGGACAGAGAGUCCGUUAUCAGUCCAUUCCAGGUUCCACACAGGACUUCAGGAACCCACAUGGACCAGCUGCUGUCCAGGACUAUGUGGACUGAUGAGACUCUGACCCACAACUACCCAAUGAGCAGGACCACCACCCUGCUCCAGGACCCAGCAGGACCAGGACCAGUGCCACCCAACCCACACUCUGGACAUGUCCACUUCUGAUGGACUGGACCAGAGGUCUGGUUCUACUGGGUCAGUCCACUUCUGAUGGACCAGACAUCUGGAUGGGUCCAGUGGAUGUGGACCAGUCCAGUGGACAGGGACCGGUCUCACCCACUUCUGAAGAACAGAUCUACUUCUAUGAGACUGGACCACUUCUGAUGAACCGCUCCAGUUCUGUGGGGACCACAGGUCUGGUUCUGAUGGUCCUUCUGGACCAGAACCCAAACCCCCCCCCCCCCCCCGAACCCCUGAACACUGUGCAUGUGUAGAUCAGCUGUUUGUGUUUAAAUUCAACAGUUUGUUUAAAUUCAACAGUUUGUUUAAAUUCAGCAGUUUCCAGGUUGUUCCACACAGACACAGUUGAAACAGUUGAAUCUUGGUACCAGUCGUGUGUAUGUCCCAUUAGAUUCAAUUCACAUCAAUAUUAGUUGAGUUCUAAUAAAAAUGUGUUCAAUGGGAUUUUCAGUGUAAAUGUUCACAGUUCACAGUGGAUGAGGACAGUUGAGUUAAAUGUUAAAUGAACUGAACUCAUGUCACAUGUUCUACACCUGCAUAGUGUUUAGAGCGCUGUACACACACACACACACACACACACACACACACACACACACCAGUAGACAUCUGCCUCAUGCAGGACACUGUCUGGUCCACCUGGGACACAUUCAGGGUUCAGUCUGGUCCACCUGGGACACAUUCAGGGUUCAGUCUGGUCCACCUGGGACACAUUCAGGGUUCAGUCUGGCCCAAGGACACUUCCACAUGUGGACAAUUGGAGCCAGGAUUCGAACUGCCAACCCUUUAAUCAUUGGAUGACCCACUGUACCAGCUGAGCCACAGCCCACAGUUCCUUUCCAGAUCCAGAUCCUGUUCUAAACUGGAGGAGGAUCAAACUGGAGGAGGAUCAGACUGGAGGAGGAUCAAACUGGAGGAGGAUCAGACUGGAGGAGGAUCAGACUGGAGGA